AUGAUGCCUCAGGUUCGUCAGCUCUGCGGCGCCGGGGGCCCGGCAGGGCCUGGGGGGAGGAAGGAGCCUGAUUCUGCGCUGACAGUAACGCAAGGUGCCUCUGAAAAUAAGAGCCACAGCGCUAAAAAGAAGAAGAUGGCUGACAAAAUUCUACCUCAGAGGAUUCGUGAACUUGUACCCGAGUCGCAGGCCUAUAUGGACUUGCUGGCCUUUGAAAGGAAAUUGGACCAGACGAUCAUGAGGAAACGCUUGGAUAUCCAGGAGGCUUUGAAGCGACCCAUUAAGCAAAAACGAAAGCUACGUAUUUUUAUCUCCAAUACCUUCAAUCCAGCCAAGUCAGAUGCUGAGGAUGGUGAAGGAACGGUCGCCUCCUGGGAGCUUCGCGUAGAAGGACGGCUGCUGGAAGAUUCUGCUUUGUCCAAAUAUGAUGCCACCAAGCAGAAAAGAAAGUUCUCAUCCUUCUUUAAAUCUCUGGUCAUUGAACUUGAUAAAGACCUGUAUGGCCCUGACAAUCACCUAGUAGAGUGGCACAGGACUGCUACAACUCAGGAGACAGAUGGCUUCCAGGUGAAGAGGCCGGGAGAUGUAAAUGUGCGCUGUACUGUCCUUCUGAUGCUGGAUUACCAGCCUCCCCAGUUCAAACUGGAUCCCCGCUUGGCUCGUCUCUUGGGGAUUCACACUCAGACCCGUCCAGUGAUCAUCCAGGCAUUGUGGCAAUAUAUCAAGACCCACAAGCUCCAGGACCCCCACGAGCGGGAGUAUGUCAUCUGCGACAAAUACCUCCAGCAGAUAUUUGAAUCUCAGCGGAUGAAGUUCUCUGAAAUCCCACAAAGACUUCAUGCGUUGCUUAUGCCCCCAGAACCGAUCAUCAUUAAUCAUGUGAUCAGUGUUGACCCAAAUGACCAGAAGAAAACAGCUUGCUACGACAUUGAUGUGGAGGUGGAUGAUACCUUGAAAACUCAGAUGAAUUCCUUUCUGCUAUCCACAGCCAGUCAACAGGAAAUCGCUGCUCUGGAUAACAAGAUUCAUGAAACAAUAGAGACAAUUAACCAGCUGAAGACCCAGCGUGAGUUCAUGCUGAGCUUUGCCCGAGAUCCUCAGGGCUUCAUCAAUGACUGGCUACAGUCCCAGUGCCGGGAUUUAAAGACAAUGACGGAUGUUGUUGGGAAUCCUGAAGAGGAGCGUAGAGCGGAGUUCUACUUCCAGCCGUGGGCUCAGGAAGCUGUGUGCAGAUACUUCUACUCCAAGGUGCAGCAAAGACGGCAGGAAUUGGAGCAGGCCCUGGGAAUCCGUAACACAUAGGAUGCUCCGCUCCUCCCCAACCAGA